AUGCCUUUCCUUCCGGAGGCGGGGGCGGCGGGGCGCGCGGUGGCCCUGGCCCUGGUGCUGCUGUCCCCCGCCGUGUCAGCGGGCGCCGGCGCCCUGUUCCGCCUGCAGCCCGGCAUGCCCAACGUGUGUGCGGAGCGGGAGCUGACCCUGGUGGGCCGUCGCCAGCCCUGCGUGCAGGCCUUCAGCCGCAUGGUGCCCGUGUGGAGGCCGGGCUGCGGGCGGCGGGACUGGUGUGUCGGCCACAAACGCAGAACCGUCUACUACACGGGCUACAGGCAGGUGUACGCCACGGAGGCCCAGACCGUGUUGCGGUGCUGCCCGGGGUGGAACCAGCAGCCCGGAGACCAGGGCUGCCUCUCCUCCCAGUGCAGCCCCGGACUCUGCUUUAACGGCGGCCAGUGCGUGCCCGACUCGGCUCAGCUGUGCCACUGUCCCCGCGGCUUCCACGGUCCCCGCUGUCAGCACGACGUGGACGAGUGCCAGGUGCACAACGGCGGCUGCCAGCACAGGUGUGUGAACACGCCAGGCUCCUACCUCUGUGAGUGCAAGCCCGGCUUCCGGCUCCACGCGGACGGCAGGACCUGCCUGGCCAUCAACUCCUGCGCCGUGGGCAAUGGCGGCUGCCAACACAGCUGUGUCCAGCUCACGGUGACGCAGCACCGCUGCCGGUGCCGGCCCGAGUUCCAGCUCCAGGACGAUGGCAAGCGCUGCGCGCGGAGGAACCCGUGUGCGGAUCGGAACGGCGGCUGCAUGCACACGUGCCGGGCGCUCCGGGGCCUUGCCCACUGCGAGUGCCACGCAGGAUACCGGCUGGCAGCGGACCGCAAGGCCUGCGAAGAUGUGGAUGAAUGUGCCACAGGCCUGGCCCAGUGUGCCCACGGCUGCCUCAACACUCAUGGGUCCUUUAAGUGUGUAUGCAACGCAGGCUACGAGCUGGGUGCCGAUGGCCGGCAGUGCUACCGGAUUGAGAUGGAGAUAGUGAACAGCUGCGAGGCGGACAACGGCGGCUGCUCCCACGGCUGCAGCCACAGCAGCACAGGGCCCGUCUGCACCUGCCCCCAUGGCUACGAGCUGGACGAGGACCAGAGGACGUGCAUUGAUGUCGAUAACUGUGCCGACUCCCCGUGCUGCCAGCAGGUUUGCACCAAUAGCCCUGGCGGCUAUGAGUGCAGCUGCUAUGCCGGCUACCAGCUUGGCGCCGACGGCUGCGGCUGUGAGGAUGUGGACGAGUGCGCCUCCGGCCGUGGCGGCUGUGAGCACCGCUGCACGAACUUGGCCGGCUCCUUUCAGUGCUCCUGCGAGGAUGGCUACCUGCUGGGCGAGGACCGCCGGGGCUGCAGCCCCCUGGAGAUGCCCGAGGUGGGCCUGGACGGCCACCUGCCCCUGGUGCAGCCCCUCCCGCACAUAGCGGUGCUCCAGGACGAGCUGCCCCACCUCUUCCAAGAUGACCACGUCGGGGCCGAGAAGGAGGCGGCGCGGGGCGAACACACACUGCAAGAGAAGUUUGUCUGCCUGGACGACUCCUUUGGCCCAGAUUGCAGCUUGACCUGCGCUGACUGCAGGAAUGGGGGGACCUGCCUCCCCAGCCUGCGUGGCUGUGACUGCCCCGACGGCUGGACUGGGCUCAUCUGCAGUGAGGCUUGUCCCCCAGACACUUUCGGGAAGAACUGCAGCUUCUCCUGCAGCUGUCAGAACGGCGGGACCUGCGACCCUGUGACGGGGGCCUGCCGCUGCCCUCCGGGUGUCAGUGGAGCCCGCUGUGAGGACGGCUGCCCCAGAGGCUUCUACGGCAAGCACUGCGCUAAGAAGUGCCACUGUGCCAACCGGGGCCGGUGCCACCGCCUCUACGGGGCCUGCCUCUGCGACCCGGGGCUCUAUGGCCGCUUCUGCCACCUGGCCUGCCCACCGUGGGCCUUCGGGCCGGGCUGCUCGGAGGAGUGCCAGUGCGAGCAGCGGAACACGCGCGCGUGUGACAGGAGGGACGGCAGCUGUGCCUGCAAGGCGGGCUUCGGGGGCGAACGGUGCCAGGACGAGUGCCAGCCGGGCUUCUUUGGGCCAGGCUGCCGGCAGGCAUGCACCUGCCCCCCGGGCGUGGCCUGUGACCCCGUUAGCGGCCAGUGUGGGAAGCAGUGUCCUGCCGGCUACCAGGGGGAGGACUGCAGCCAAGAGUGCCCGGCCGGGACGUUCGGCAAGAACUGCUCAGGCUUCUGCUCCUGCGAGGGCGCCCCCUGCGACCUGGUCACGGGGCGGUGCCUGUGCCCUCCUGGGAGGACCGGGGCUGACUGUGGGGCAGAUUGUCCUGAGGGUCGCUGGGGGCUCGGCUGCCAGGAGAUAUGCCCGGCGUGCGAGCACGGUGCCUCCUGUGAGCCUGAGACUGGAGCCUGCCUGUGCCGCCCCGGCUUCAUGGGCGGCCGCUGCCAGGACACUUGCCCAGCAGGCUGGUUUGGGCCCAGCUGCCAGAUGCGAUGCUCCUGCGUCAACGACGGGCUCUGCCACCCGGUGACUGGCCGCUGCAGCUGCGCCCCGGGGUGGACCGGCCUCAGCUGCCAGAGAGCCUGUGACAGCGGCCACUGGGGGCCCGACUGCAGCCACACCUGCAACUGCAGUGCAGGCCACGGGAGCUGCGACGCCAUCAGCGGCCUGUGUCUGUGUGAGGCCGGCUAUGUGGGCCUGUGGUGCGAGCAGCGCUGUCCCCAGGGCUACUUCGGGCCGGGCUGUGGGCGGCAGUGCCAGUGUGAGCACGGGGCAGCCUGUGACCAUGUCAGUGGGGCCUGCACCUGCCCGGCCGGCUGGAGGGGAACCUUCUGUGAGCGCGCCUGCCCUGCCGGCUUCUUCGGAGUGGACUGCCACCGCGCCUGUGACUGCAGCACCGGGGUGCCCUGCGACGCCGUAAACGGCUCCUGCCUCUGCCCUCCUGGCCGCCGGGGUCCCCGCUGUGCCCAGACCUGCCCAGCCCACACGUACGGCCACAACUGCAGCCAGGCCUGCUCCUGCUUUAAUGGGGCCUCCUGUGAUCCUGUCCAUGGGCAGUGUCGCUGUGGCCCUGGCUGGAUGGGGCCCACCUGCCUACAGGCCUGCCCUGCAGGCCUCUACGGCAAGGACUGCCAGCAUUCCUGCCUCUGCCAGAACCGGGGCACCUGUGACCCUGUCUCAGGCCACUGCACCUGCCCCGAGGGCUGGGCUGGGCUGGCCUGUGAGGAAGAGUGCCCCCCGGGGUCCUCCGGAGCCGGCUGCCACCACGUCUGCGGGUGCCUCCACGGCGGCCUCUGUGACCGGCACACAGGCCACUGCCGCUGCCCGGCCGGCUGGACCGGGGAUGAGUGCCAGAGCCCCUGCCCGCCUGGCUGGUUUGGAGAGGCCUGUGCCCAGCGCUGCCAGUGCCCACCCGGCGUUGCCUGUCACCACAUCACCGGAGAGUGUCACUGUCCCCCAGGCUUCACUGGGCCCGGCUGUGAGCAGGCCUGCCCGCCCGGUGCCUUUGGGGAGAACUGUGGGCAGAAGUGUCAGUGUCCCGGCGAGGACCAGGCCUGCCACCCUGCCUCGGGGGCCUGCGUGUGUGCCGCUGGCUACCACGGUGCCGGCUGCCAGCAACGGUGCCCGCCCGGGCGGUUCGGGCCCGGCUGUGAGCAGCUGUGUGGGUGUCUCAACGGGGGCUCCUGUGACGUGGCCACAGGGGCCUGCCACUGCCCAUCUGGGUUCCUCGGAACGGACUGCAGCCUCGCCUGUCCACACGGCCGCUUUGGCCCCCGCUGUGCCCACGUGUGCAGUUGUGGGCAGGGGGCGGCUUGUGACCCCGUGACCGGCACCUGCUCCUGCCCCCCCGGGAGGACCGGCGUCCACUGUGAGCACGGUUGCCCCCAGAACCGGUUUGGUGUGAACUGUGAGCACAUGUGCUCCUGCAGGAACGGGGGCCUGUGCCACGCCGCCAGCGGCAGCUGCUCCUGCGGCCUGGGCUGGACCGGGCUGCACUGCGAGCUGGCCUGCCCCGCUGGGCGCUAUGGUGCCGCCUGCCGCCUGGAAUGCUCCUGCCGCAACCACGGCACCUGUGAGCCCUCGUCGGGCGCCUGCCACUGCGGCCCCGGCUUCUACGGCCAGGCCUGCGAGCACCCCUGUCCCGCUGGCUUCCACGGGGCUGGCUGCCGGGGGACGUGCGAGUGUCAGCACGGCGCCCCCUGUGACCCCGUCAGUGGCAGGUGCCUCUGCCCUGCCGGCUUCCGCGGCCAGUUCUGCGAGAAGGGGUGUGAGUCGGGCUCAUUUGGAGAAGGCUGCAACCAGCAGUGUGACUGCGAGGAUGGGGUGCCCUGCGACCCCGUCACCGGCCACUGCCUAUGCCCCCCGGGGCUCAUGGGGGCCACCUGUGACCUGGGCUGCAGAAGCGGCUUCUUCGGGCCAGGCUGUGCCUUGCGCUGCUCCUGCGGGGGUGGGGCUGACUGCGACGCUGUCAGUGGGCAGUGCCACUGCGUGGACGGCUACGUGGGGCCCAUGUGCCAGCAGGGUGGGCCCUCCCAGUUCCCCGAGACCCCAUCCACAGCCCUGGGCCCAGUGGCUUCACAGUCAGCCUCCCACCGCCCCGGGCUCAGCAGCAGCAGCGCAGAGAAGCAGUAGCUCAGGGGCAGCGCCCGCCGAGGCCUGUCUCCCAGGGGCCGCUGAGAGGACCCAGGGGCCUUGGUGACCACUGAGGAGGGACGCCGGGGGCCGGGACUCCUGCCCCACCCUUGUCUCCGACAGUCGUGCAGCUGCAAGGAUCGUCUGGCCACGAGGAGGGAGGCCCUGCCCGGCCGCGCUCUGCAGCACCGGGGCACCGGCGCGGGGCCACAGUGUGGAGGAAGCCCCCAGCCGGCGCCCUGGGGCGGGACUGCGGGCAGGUGUGGGUGCAGGUGCGGGCGUGGGGCCCCUGCCCUCGGAGCAGGUUCUUCUGGUGCUAGGCCCGGGGACUGCUGCAGCUCAGCCUGUUUACCUGGAAACAGCUGGGCCGUAUUUAUGGAAAGGUAUUUAUGGGCAGCCAGACAUGCCCACUGCACCCCUGGGCGCUGGAGGGCUGCCCGCCUCCUGCCCAGCCCGGGAAGCCCUGACUCAGGACUGCGGGACCCUGAGGGGCCUCUGGGUGGGCGCUUCGGUACCAUGUGAAACCCAGUAAGUUAAGAAAGGAGCAGCCACUUCCUCAAGGCCUGUGUGUUCACUGCUUCGUGUGGGGCCCGCGGGGCGGCCUCCUGGGCCUGCCGCCAUGAAUGCGCCUGACCGGAGAGGCCCGUUUGGCCCCUGUGCCCCUCUGGGGACAGGGGAGCCACACAAGCAAAGUCGGGGUUUAUCCCAGUUCCCGGUGCUCUAGAGGGGCGUGGUGCCCCGAGACCGAGGAAGCGCUGAGUCCUAGAGCCUGCGUGGGGGAAGCAUGGCCCCGAGGGGAGGAGGGAAGGGGUGCUGUUGGGGGCAUCCUGGGUGCCCCCCUACUCCUACCCUGGCCCUAUCUUCAGGGUAAGGCCAAUGGAGAGGGCUGGACCCAGAUUGUCACGCUGGACACCUCGGUCUGGGCUGUAGCCCCCUCCCCCUCCCCUCCAGCACCAGCCCAGGUAGCUGAUGCCUCUAAGGGCGAAGGAUCUCAUGGGGCAAAAUAGGGUGGGUUCUAGAAAGCCCUGUCCCCUUAGACAACUAGUGAACAGCCAGUAGCAGAGGAAACCGAAUUAAUGGGCCACCGUGUUAAGACUCUGAGGUACAUGAAUAUAAUCCAUACCUGGAAGGGGUUGGGGAUGGUGGUGGUAACGUGAUGCGGGAAGAAGCAGAGGCCAAGAAGGACCAGGGGCAGGACUGAGCGGGAGCGUGUGGGCGCUGCAGUCGGAGGGAGGGUGGCAGGAAUCAGGCUGAAUAGUGGGUUCUCCAGCUCAGGACACUCCCAGGAGGCAGCAUGGAGGCUGAGAGAGAGAAGAUACAAAGGAAAGAUCGGUAGAAAUGGGCAAGGGAAGUGUUAACGCCCGUGUGUCUGAAGUCCUAGAAAAAGAAGGUAAAACCCAUUGACACAAAGCAGCAAGUUCUCAGGUCCAAAGCUGGAUGGUCUCAGAUGGAAUAAAACAAAAUAAAAAAGCCCUUGUCCAAAGAACUUAAAGAAUAGUAGUGGCAAGGAGAAAUGCUACAAUGCCCAGAAAAAAUAAACAGGAGUCAAGAGUGACAUCUGACUCCACAGCAGAAACACUGAAAGCGAGAAGAUGGUGAUGUUGAUUUCAAAACGUUGAAGAGGAGAUGUCGAAAUUUGAAUUUCACGGCCUUGAAUCAUGUGUCCUGCUAAACUGUCACUGAGAAGCAAAGUGGAUGUUUAUUCUCAGGUGUCCAGGGUCUCGGUGGGCACUGCGCGAGAACCAGACGUGAAAAUACACUCAGAGAAGUUUCCCAGCAAGAAGGGAAAGUGUGAGGUAGUCACUGCAUUUCCCAUAUGACCUAGUGAUUAAGAGAAUUACAGCAAUCACAGCGGAAGCCAGGUGAGGUGGGAGCUGAGGCAGGUGGGGAAGAGAAAGACACUGAUAAAAGGAAGCGAAACUCUAGUGCAGUUGGAGCUGAAUAAGAAACCGUGACCUCUGCAAAAAUGCUGGCAGGAUGUUUAACUUUCAGAUGGGAGGGAAUUUCACCUCUCCAGUGGAAGGCAGGAAGGAAGGAAGAGUCAAGCAGAAUAAGGAAGCAGAUUAAAGCCUGAUUGAAGUUGUUACAGAUGAUCAAAAAUCAGAUCCCUAGGCUGCAUUAAACAUGCUUCCACAGCAUUUUGUUUACGAAAGACAUACCUGGAAGGACAGAAGUAUAAGCGUACAAAGUAAACAGAAAGAAAGCCGGGCCGUGAGUUUUGUUAUUUCAGGGUGAAAAGCAUCGUAUGUGCCUGUAUGUAAAUAUACACACAUACAUGCAUCAGCAGUCGAGGCUCAGAUUCGUAAAGCUGUGGUGGGUGUAACAGGAGGAAAUGAUUAAACUGGUGAUUUUAAUAGAAAAGCCAAUACAAAAGCAAGACACAGCAAUGAUAACGCUUUAAUCAUCUUUACACACACGCUGUGUAUACCUAUGCCUAUAUUCAUUUAUUUCUAUUCACAUAUGUACACAUUUAUGUUUAAGUCUAUGAACUUCACACAUGGAGAAUAACGGAACAUUUAACAAACCUAAAAUUCCGUCUUUGAAGAGUAAUAAAGAAGAAUAUUCUAACAAGAUUGAUGAUUUUUUUAAACAUGAAGCAAGAAAAAAAAAAUACAGAA